CACACUUCCUACAACAACCGAAUGGAGUAAAAAGAAUAAAAAUAAAUAAUGAAAUUGCUGUGCUGGGAGUCGCUUGGUAUGUUUAUGGGUAACAUCUUGACCAACUCGUUGACCUGGUCAGGACCCCCGACAACCCUAAGUGUAUUUAAUCAUAGCCAAGAGCAAAUGGUGGAGGGUUCUAUUGGCUGCUGCUCCUUAGACUGGCUACUGCAGCUCCAGCAAUCCUCGUGUCCUCUGGUGAGGCUCUUGAUACUUGGAUUGGUGGUAUUGCCGGCUUAUAAUGCGAUUUUAAUCCUGGUGGGAUGGCGCCUUAAUUCCAGUGCUUCGAGCAGUGCGGAGCGUUUGGUGCUGGACAUUCGAGUGGAUAGGGCCGCGAAGCGUCCAGCUCCACCACCGCCUCCAGCUCCAAAGCCACCGCCCCGCCUACGCCGCCUUAAGGCGCCCAAGACCCCAGGUCCACCAGAGUCCUGUCCCAGCCAAAAGAGUCCUUCUGACUCCACCUUUCAGCGUUCUGAUCAGGGGGAUCUCUACAAAAACCUGAGGAAGAAUCUUCAACUGGCGCUGGCGGGCUUGCAGAAGCCUCUCCCCUCUCCCCCAUCACCACCCAUAUUUAUUCCUCCUGUGGAAGAAACCCUAUCCCACUCGGAACCCCAAACCCCGCCUGAAUCCCCUGCCACUGAACGUCGAAAGUCACGUUCCAAGCUUCUGCAAGGGAUCUUCAAACGACUUGGUAUGAACUCCAUUUGGAAGAGAUGGAAAGCUCGAAGCAGCCGUAAAAAAACCACAACUUCAGAGGCCAGCACUUCCUCUUCCAGCUGCUCGAGCACGGGUUCCAGCUGCUUCUACGUCUACUAAAACGAAAUCUGGCCAAGAUCGAGGGCACGGCUGGCUCAUCUAUCAAGAUAUCAGCGCUCCACUCCGUGUGAAUCUGUGCGAUUAUAUUUUGUUACGAUUAAAAGCGUGCUAAGAUCAA